UUUUGCUCUCUUUCUUCACUUUCUUCUUGUCUCUGUUUUCUUGGUAAAGCUCAGAGAUGAAGAAGGUACUCGGUUGGUUUUCCCCAAAGGGUUCCCCCAAAAACCGCAACCGGAAUCGCAGCACCACCGCCGCCGGCGACAACUCUCCCCGUGUCAAAUGGGUUCACCCCGGCGACAACUUUCCCCGUGUCAAAUGGGUUCACCCCGGCGACAACUCUCCCCGUGUCAAAUGGGUUCACCCCCGGAAUCCCACCGCGGAUGCCACCACUUCCGCUCCCUCUCCUUCUUCAAGUCCCCUUCCCACUUCCACUCCCGUUCCCGCUUCCGCUUCAGCCUCUACUUCCACAAACUGGGGAAAGAGCGAGAAAGAAGAUUAUUCUGCUCUUGCAAGAAUCGAUGAACUUACUGAGGAAAUGGAGACUUUAAGCUUAAAUUUAGGAGAUGUGCCUAUACAGAAAUUCAGUUUCGUUCAACUUCAGCUCGCAACAGCCAACUUUAGCCCUGAUAUGUGUGUGGGUCGAGGAGGUUUCGGCCAUGUUUACAAAGGGAUCCUGGCUCCACAGGAACAAGAAGUAGCUAUAAAGUGUCUUGACCCGAAAAGCGAUCAAGGAACCCCGGCAUUUGUUACUGAAUUGGAGUUACUGAGUAACACAAACCACGAAAACAUUGUCCGAUUGAUUGGAUAUUGUGCUGAGAAUGAGCACAGGAUGUUAGUUUAUGAGUACAUUAGAAUGGGAUCUUUGGAAGAUCAUUUACUAAAUCGCUACGAUGGUGGUCAUCUCGGAAUUCUGGACUGGGAUACAAGACUUAGAAUAGCAUAUGAAAUAGCAAAGGGUGUGCUGUAUCUUCAUAGAAUGGAGCCUAAUAUCCUAUAUAGGGAUAUAAAAAGCGCAAACGUUUUGUUAGGGAAAGGUUAUACUGUAAAGUUAUCUGAUUUUGGAUGUGCUACAACAUUCUCACCUGAUGAAGAAGAACUUCAUUUUACAAAGGUUGUAGGCACACAGGGAUAUUUAGAUCCAAGGUAUUUUGCAACAGGUCAUUGUACAUUCCAAACAGAUGUUUACAGCUUUGGUGUUGUUCUUUUGGAGCUCCUCACUGGUAGAAAAGCUCUUGAUGUAAACAGACCACCCGACGAUCAGAGUCUCGUUAUGUGGGCAGGAAGAGUAUUCCAUGAUAAGACCAGGUUCACAGAAAUUGCUGAUCCAUUGCUAAAAGAUAAAUUUGAUGACUUCACUUUCAAUGCACUUGUUCAUAUGGCUCGGUAUUGUGUUCAGUAUGAGCCUAAGUCGAGGCCCCUAAUGUGUCAUAUUGUCGAUGUUCUAAGACAAAUGAAUAAAGUUGCUAUUGAACCAGAAAGUCCUAGAUUCAGAACGCUAACCCAGAGUCCUACAGUUCCUUCAGCUUCUGCUGCUCCAGUUAAAUCGUGUUGAAGUUACAUUUUUUUGGUUUGUUCAUAUAUGAGAUAAAAUGUGCCUUUAGAAUGUGAUUACUCAUUGGUCAGAAUUUAGACCACAAACUAUGUCAUGAAUCAGUUCUUUACUUCAUCCUAAUUUUCUUUAGUUUG